AUGGCCGCCCUCGCCCGUUUGCUGGAGCGUCUUCUCUGGCCAGCUCCAAAGGAAAAGGAGGAGGAGGAAGAGGAAGAAGAGGAAGGGCUCAGGACUCACGACGGGCGGCAGUCCUUCCUGGACGCGCCCCGAUGCGCUCAGCAGCCACACGGAGGUGCGGCGGCGUCCGGUGGCCUCCGCUUCGGGGCGAGCGCGGUGCAGGGCUGGCGCGCACACAUGGAGGACGCGCACUGCGCGAGGCUGGCACUGCCUGAACUGCCCCGUGGCUGGGCCUUCUUCGCCGUCCUGGACGGUCACGGCGGGGCGCGAGCUGCUCUCUUCGGCGCGCGCCACCUGCCGGGGCAUGUGCUGGAGGCGCUGGGCCCCGCGCCGGACGAGCCCGACGGCGUUUGCCGGGCGCUUCGCAGAGCCUUCCUGAGCGCAGACGCGCGCCUACGUGCGCUCUGGCCCCGGGGCCAGCCCGGCGGCUCCACGGCCGUGGCCUUGCUGGUUUCCCCGCGUUUUCUGUACGUCGCGCACUGCGGUGACUCCCGCGCGGUGCUGAGCCGCGCCGGGACCUUGGCUUUCAGCACCGAGGACCACCGGCCCCUCCAGCCCCGGGAACGCGAGCGCAUCCACGACGCGGGCGGCACCAUCCGCCGCCGGCGCCUCGAGGGCUCCUUGGCAGUGUCGAGAGCACUAGGUGACUUUGCCUACAAAGAGGCUCCGGGAAGGUCCCCUGAGCUGCAGCUGGUUUCCGCGGAGCCCGAGGUGACCGCCCUGACGCGCCGGGCUGAGGACGAGUUCAUGCUCCUGGCGUCGGAUGGCGUGUGGGACGCGAUGUCCGGCUCUGCCUUGACGGGACUGGUAGCAUCACGCCUCAGACUGGGCCUGGCCCCAGAGCUUCUCUGUGCGCAGCUGCUGGACACGUGCUUGUGCAAGGGCAGCCUGGACAACAUGACCUGCCUCCUGGUCUGCUUUCCGGGGGCCCCGAGGCCUUGUGAGGAGGCGAUCAGAAAGGAAGUGGCGCUGGAUGCAGCUCUGGGCAGAAGAGUAGCUGAGCUGUGUACCUCUGACCAGGAACUCCCCAGCCUGAACAAGGUUUUCAGGACUCUGACCUCAGAGGACAUUCCAGAUUUACCUCCUGGAGGAGGGCUCUACUGCAAGGCCACUGUCAUCGCUGAAGCUUAUUCUCAGCUCUGCCAGGCCUCAGGAGAGCGAUUGGGAGAGAUGGGAAGUUGA